GUGUGCGGUUGAUCACUAGCAGGUAAGCGGUAAGGCAAACCUUCUCGUCUACCUCCGGUCAGAUCACUGCAGCACUUGUGGAUACUUGCCUUGCAGCAGCGCCCCCUCACCUCACUCACAAUGAUGCACCUGCUGAAGUUCCUCUUCUGCCUCACGGUGGCGUGUGGAGCAGUGAGCCUGACGGAAGCGGCCGUUGACUGUUCGGGUGGCGAUGGCUUCAAGUGUGAGAGUUGCUCCACCCUCGCCCUGUGUUCUGGAGGCAGCGUGGCCAGCACCUUCCCAUGCCAGAGUGGCGAGCUGUGUGAAGAGGGCUCAAGUGGUACCGGCUCCUGCAUGCUCGUCAGCGCAUCGAGGACCCAGUGCCAGUGCAGCUCCUACCCCUCCUACGUGGUGGACUCUUAUGACCCACAGAAUUACCUGCUGUGCUUCUCCUCCACACUUCAAAUCCCUCUCAGUUGCGCGCCAGGCGAAGAGUUUGACACGGUCACCAGCACUUGCGCAGCUGUUCCCACCACCUCCACUGUCACCACCACCGAAGUCACCACCACCACCGAGCCCACCGUCACGUGCACAGAGGACGGCAUCUUCCCUCUGCUGCCCAGCUGCUCCGGCUACUACGGUUGCUACACUGUCGGGGGCUCGGUGGUGUCCACUGGCAUCGUGUCCUGCAGUGAAUCUACACCAGUCUUCAAUCCCGACACCUUGGCCUGCGAGGCGAGCAUCUCCGGGCCUGCAACACCAACCUGCGCCUCCGAUGACAUUGUCACGGCGGACACCGUGGAGUGCAACGCUUUCUAUGUGUGCAACAGCGGCGCCACUGUGGGGGAGAAGAUCUGCUGCGGCGAAGGCCAGGUGUUCAAUCCCGCCACCGUUAACUGUGAGGCGGACACCGGUAGCGUCACCUGUCCCACUGUCAACCCCUGCUACACCGGUGAGAUCGAGAAGAAAUGCCUGCCUCCCACUUGUUGAAGAGACUUACUAUAAUGCAGCAAGUUUGUCUCCAUUCCAACAGUAUCUCUCCAACACACACCGUGGUACGAAGACUCCAACUUGCUGUGUGCGUCUUGCAACUAAAUGUCACCCAUUACUGGUGUGUAGCGAAUCAUGGAGUUGAAUAAACGUUCCAUAGCAGCUCGAA